AUGCAGGUGUACCUGACGCUUCUGCUCAUCAGCUACUUGCUGACUCCCAUUGGGGCUUCCAUCUUGGGGCGCUGCGUAGUGGCUAAGAGGCUCCGUGACGGAGGCUUGAAUUAUUUUGAGGGCUACAGCCUUGAGAACUGGGUGUGCCUGGCUUAUUUUGAGAGCAAGUUCAAUCCCUCGGCUGUCUAUGAGAACUCAAAAGCUGGCUACACUGGCUUUGGCCUCUUUCAGAUCCGAGACAGCGACUGGUGUGACCAUGGCAAGAACCUCUGCAGAGUGUCCUGCUCUGCGUUACUGAAUCCAAACUUAAAGGACACGAUCGAAUGUGCCAAGAAAAUCGUGAAAGGAAAAGAAGGGAUGGGCGCAUGGCCUGUCUGGUCCAGGAACUGCCAGUUGUCUGACACCCUGGAGAGGUGGCUGGACGGCUGUGACCUGUAG